GUGACGACUGCGGAAGGGGCAGGGCAGGCGUCCGCCGCGGAGUAGCAGUUUGCUGUUUGUGCUUUGCGUAGCAGCCCGCGGAGUUUGAGUGUGAGAAGGUUCGGAUCGCGGCAGGCUUCACAGAAGUCAAUGCCAGGAGGUAUGGCGCCCCUCAAGAAGCCUCGGAAUCCCACAAAAUUGCCCCUGGCUUUAAACCCCACGAAGAGCAAGGACGUUUUGGCAGUGCUGGCUGAGAGGAACCAGGCCAUAGUACCGGUUGGGGCUUGGGUGGAACCUGCCUCACCAAAUUGGUCGGGAAUUCCAGCACAUACUUCAGCAUACAUAGUUGAAGAGGAAAUAAAGGAACAGCAGCGAAGAAAGCAAGAGUCUCUGAGACAUUUUCAGAGACAAGUCAGACACCGGGUCAAUCAGCAGGUUAAGCUGAGGAAAAAGCAGCAGCUUGACAAAUCUUACAAAGCAGCAGAAAAGGAAGGCUCUAUAGCCAUGCGGUAUUCAGAUUCGGCUCAUUUAACUUCUAAAAGGACAAGUGUUUUCCCUAGCAAUUUGAAUGCUACUGUUGGAAGUUUUAGGUUACCCACUUCCCAGGUGCUUGGUGAUGCAACAGAAGAUGGAGAGAAUCAGAAUCUGUUGUUUCAACAACAAGCUCAAGCUCUUAGUCAAACUAUGAAACAGGCACGUUACCAGCUGGCAUCCUUUAAAACUGUGAGUGAAAAAAAGACAUUAGUGUUUCCAAAUGGUGGAAGGAAAAGCUCUCCAACACAAGAGGGCCAUGGCUGUGGGAAAAUUUCAUUUGUUGCGGUAAAUGAGGAGAGACAUAACUUGUUUGUGAGCUGCCAGAAGGAUCUCCUUUCUGAAGACAAAGAAAAGGUUCUCAGCAAGAUUCAGAAAGUAAAAUUCAAAAAUCCCUUAUCUGUUGUGAUAAAAGAAGAUGAAGGAAAGCAAUUACAUCCUGAUAGCCUUCAGGCUGUUCUUCCAGAAGCCCAGGAUUAUUUUGUAGAAGUUCAAAGCGGCCUUCCAGAAUCUCAGGAUGAUGUGAUAGAUGUCCAGAAUGUUGAACCUAAAGCUUCAGGAAUUGAACCUAAAGCUCUGGGUGUUGAGCCAGACAUUCAGGCAAGUGGAAUGGAGUUUCAGACUACAGAGCCAGAAGGCCAGGCUGUGAAGACAGAGACUCAGGACAUUCCUGAAGUCCAGGUGGUUGAGCUACAUGGGAAUAUUGAGUUGGAAGCCCAGGAUUCUCUACCCUCACACCAGGCCUUUCUAUCCAGAGACCAAGAUUGUCCACCCAAUUGUCAAUACCAGGAUUCUUUACCCAAAGAUCACUGUAUUCUCCUUAAUUACUGGAAUGUUUUACCUAAAUACCAGGACCAGCAUAUUUUACCAGUAGACCAGGAAUUUCUACCUAGAAACCAACUUGCUUUACCCAAAGAACAAGAUCAUCCACUCAAAUGUCAGAAGCAGGAUCUCCCACCUAAAGAACAGUUUCCCUUGCCCAGACAUCAGUAUAUUUUACCUAUAUAUCAGGACCGAAGAGAUCCACAUGUUCUUCCUAAAUGUCAGGAUUAUGAUGUUCUUUCCAAAGCCCAGAAUUAUCUACAUAAUUAUCAGGAGCAGGAUCUUCAACUCCAAAACCAGGACAUGUUUCUCAAGCAACCCUCAACUUUUAUGAGAAGAGAGAGGGGGGAUGAGGAAUUGUCUCUGGAGUUUCCUCAGUAUGCUCCAUCUCGGAUCCAGGACCAAGUCUUCCUUAGAGAACAGCAGGUCUAUGAGGAGUAUCGGUCAGGACUGCGCACUGAACAGCAGGCUCUGCUGGCAUUGCAGUCUGGAGUGGAUAAAGAAGAGGACAAAAAAGAGCGUCAAAAGCAAUAUCUGAGACACAGGAGGCUUUUCAUGGAUAUUGAGAGAGAACAAGUGAAAGAACAGAAGAGACAAAGGGAGCAAAAGAGGAGGAUUGAAAAAAUUAAGAAAAGGAAAGAACAACAGCGCUAUGCUGAAGAGCAGAGACUCCUAAGAAUGAACUGUCAUGAAGAACCUUAUUCAGAAGAGAAGAUAAGUGAUAUUUUAGCCCAGUUACAACUGGAAGAAAUAAAAGGAGCCAGAGAAAAACAGCAACAGAGAGAAAAAGAAUACGUAAGAUAUGUAGAAGCUUUACGAGCCCAGGUCCAGGAGAAAAUGAAGCUUUAUAAUAUCACUUUACCUCCAUUAUGCUGUUGUGGUCCUGAUUUUUGGGAUGCUCAUCCUGAUACCUGUGCCAACAAUUGCAUUUUCUAUAAAAAUUACAGAGCAUAUACUCGGGCAUUGCAUUCAGUCAUCAAUUCUUCUGACAUCUCUGAGGGGAACGCAACUCUUCGAAAUGCCAUUCGUAAUUUUGCUUCUGCACAUAGACGGACUCCAAAACAAAGUCUCCACUAAGAGUCUGAAAUCAAUACCAAUGACUGCUAAAGAAUAUCAGCAAAAAUGCUUUAGAAAACCAGAAGACAACCUGAAGCUAUUAGAAGCCACCACAGUGUCAACAGCUCCAGCCUCACAAUGCACUCCGAGCUACAGCUCUUCCAAGUGGCAUUUCCCCACGCCAAGCAAGGAGCAUCAAGAGUUUGUUUCUGAAAUUUUGUUUACUUUACAAACUAUAGAUAUGCUUUAUGUCCAGUUUUCAAUUUGGACCUUAGAGCUAAUAAUGGUACUAAUAUCACCUUACAAGCUGAAAGCAUAGUGCUAGAAACAUCUUUGAAUGCCUUGUCAUACCAAAAGCAAAAUGCAAAGUAAGGAGAACACAAGAGCACCUUUUAAUUUUAAAGUGUUUGGAAACAUGUACAACUUGAGGCUGCAGUGUGACUGUGGUUAGAUUCUAAAUUAAACCCAAUGAGGGCAAUAGACAGCUCAAAUAAGAUAUGCGAUCACGGUACUCCUCUUUAUGGUAUUUGCAAGGAGACAGAUAAAUAUUUUUAGUUGAGCAUGGUGGUACAUAUCUUUAAUCCCAAUACUAUGGAAGCUGAUGCAGAAUGAUCAUGAGUUUGAGGACAGCUAAGCUACAUGAAACUGUCUCAAAAAAAGUGUUUUAAGCCAAAUAAUAUAGUUGUUUUUCCUUCUGCUUCUGUUGCUAUUCCUCAUCUCUUCCUCUUUUUGUGAUCAAAUCAAUAGGAUCCUUUUUACUUUCCCUUGAUUUGUACUUGUGACAUCCUUCUCCUAUUUCUCCCUCUGCUUCACCACCUGACUGAUGCUGGGUUGCUUUUCUCUGCUACCUAAGCUGUUCAGCAUCUCACUCAACUGUUAUGUUUGUUUGUUUGUUUAACCACAUCUACAAAUAGAGAUUCCCAGGAUUUAUAACUUUGAUCUUGGGCCAGAGUUCUGAACAAAACAAGAAUAUAGACAGUGGUCUGUGCGCAGCCAUAGUGCCUGUUUCCUGCAGGUCUCCUGGAAGCUGGUCUACAGUCCUUCAUUUUCCAAAUGGAGGGACUUUUGCCUAAUUUUGUCAUUUCAUAGUUUUAAAUUUGCCUUCUGAGGCAUUGUCUCCAUUUCUUAGAGCACUUAAGUAAAUCCUACAGUAUUAGAAAGGACAUUGGCUCUUCUUAUUGUAGUCUUUCCUGCCUGUCUACAUAAAGAAGGUAUAAACAGUCAUAAGCCUUUGGUUUCUUGGUGCUACUUUUAGUCAUCCUGAUAUUGUUCUUUAGGAAAUGCAGAGCACAGCACAAGGCUUCCUGCCCUCAAACUAGAUCUCUCCAUGACAACCAACUUUUAUGUAAUUGUUACUAAUUCAAAAUGUUAACAAUAAAACAUAAGAAACUAAUAAUUGCAGUCACUCUGGAGUCUUCCCACUCUAAAAAUCCAUUUCUAAUGCAAGGUAACCAUUAAUCUAUUUCUUUUAUGUAUAAAUAAGUAUAUAUAUGACUUCUUUUAUAAAUGAAAUAUACAAUAUGAGCUCUUUUUACUGAACUUUUUCAGUUGGCCUGAUGUCAAUACUCAUCUGUGUUGUCAGAUUCAUUAAUGUAUUGAAUAAUAUUGAUAGUAAUUGGAAUGAUAAAACUGUUUGUUCAUUAAUCCACUAGUAGACAUUUGGGGGUUUUUCUACGUUAGUUAUUAUGAAUUCUGCUAUGAGCAAUUGUUCUCAGGAUUCUGAAGUACAUGUUUUCAUUUCAUGGUUUGUAGGAGUGAAAUUCUGGAGUCACAUAGUAACUUUCUGUUUAACUUUUGACAAACUAUAAACUGUUUUUCAAAGUA